AUGAGAGUAUUACGUUUAUCUGCAUAUUUAUUGUCUGGUGGUUCUGCAAAACCUCAUUGGUCUCAACUCGUCGCCCUCUCCUCGUUCUUCGCUACUUCGAUGUUUAUUACCAGCUAUUAUAACGACACCUACCAGAAGAUUGUUGAUCUGACAUCUUUAUUAGAGUACUAUGCAGCUAGGGUUUUAGAUGAGGAAGGGUUUUGGUCAACAAAGGAGAAAGAAAGAGAGAAACGUUUGCUGCUGCUGCAGCAGCAGCAGCAGCGACUAGAGUCUUGUUGGUCUGCUGCACUUGCUGCAGCAACAGAAGCAAAAGAUUUUAAUAGUUUGAAAGGGCCCCUUCGUGCCUUCUCUUUAUCUUUUACCUCCAAUAACCUCUCGGGUAAUUGGGGAGAUUAUGUUAACAGGCAAGAUAACAAGAACGCCAUCAUGAGGCCUUCGCGCCCGAUGUUUACGGAUGUGUUUAUUCCUCCUACUAAAUAA